UAGCUAUAAUUUUUUUUUAUCUAAUUCAAUAGCUCGGACUGAAUAACACAAAUGAGGAAAAAAAAGUUCAAGUUCGAUGUAAAAUUAUGCAUUCAAGAAUUAAAUAGUAUACCUUUAUUGAAUGGUGUUCUUUUCUGUAAAGCAAGACUGCUUGGUGGUGGAGAUUUUUCUGGCUUAACACCAAGAGGCAAUGUUGUGUCACAUUGUGUGAAAUGGCCAACACAUUUUGGUUUUUCAUGCAAGCUAUCUGCAUCACCUUCAACGGGAAUACUGGAGACAUGUUUAUGUCGAAUAUCAGUAAGAAAGGAAGUAAAGGGUGGAAAAUCUCACGAGAAGCUUGGUUAUGUUGAUAUAAAUUUAGCUGAGUAUGCUGGCUCUGGCUCAGUGACAAGACGCUAUAUCUUGGAAGGAUAUGGCGAUACAUUGAGACAGAGACAGGAUAAUUCCAUUCUAAAGAUUACAGCAUCAAUGACGUUAACAUCUGGAGAUCCCUUGUUCAAACCACAAGUAUCUUCGCAUGAUCAGCUACUAGCAGGAAGUGUGGAGUCAUCACAGAUACCAACUGAUUCACAGGGAAGUGCUGGCACUUAUCCCACUGCUCGAAGCAGUAUAAUAAUUGAAUCAGAGGAGUUGAAAAGAAGUCAGAGUGAUUGCAUCACUAAACCUGGCUCAAGUAGCCCAAGUUUCCAACACAGUCGGAGCUCUAGUAGUGGAAGCACAAAGUUACAUGCAACUCACUCAAGGAAUUCCAGCGUGGACAAAAGAUUUUCUGGAUUGCAAACCCAUUCUCGACAAUCUUCUAAUAUCUCAACUGGUGAUUCAGGAUGUGCUGAUUUAGAUACAUUCCAUCUUCAUAGUCCUGUGCUAAAAAAGUCUUUAAUGCGUUCUGGCGAGGUUCAUAAAAGGAUAGAUGAGACGAGAGUCGAUGCGGACGAUAUUAUAGACCAAUUAAUUAAUGGAACUGAUCUAACUUAUGAUACAAGUAAAACAGACGAAGGUAUCGAGUUAUCACUUUUUCUUGAAAAUGAUGGCGUAUCCACGAUGAGCAAGAUUGAAACCAGACGACGGCGGGAACUCAAACCUAUUCCAAUUGAAGACAGAUUCAAGACUCUGUAAAAAAAUUAUUUGCAUACUUAAUUAUAUUGUUUGUAAAGUCUGACCAUUUAUUUUGUAUAGUUUUUUCUACAUACUUUCUGUUAAGUAUAUAACGUUUAAUAUAUAUAUAUAUAUAUUAUAAAAUGUAAAUAUCGCUAAAUUAAUAGUUAGCUCUCAACCAGUUUUUUUACAAUGAUAAACGAAAUGUGUGUGGACUUUUUUACCCCUGUCCUAACUUGAGGUUAGAUUUUGAAGGGCAAACUCGAUUUUGACUAACAAUAAUAGCAUUUGUUAACUUAAUUCUGCCCGGUAUUCAUUUUUUUAUAUGAAAUUCAAAUUUGACUAUAAUAUUUGUGAAAGUAAGAUUGCAAAUCUCUGACAGAAAAAUUUAAUUUUGUGAUCAUAAAUGCUGUAAUUUGAUUGGUUAUCAUCGUAAAAUGCUCUAAUUUAAUUAGUCAUCAUGGUAAAAUACUCGAUUUGAUUGGUUAUCAUGGUAGAAUAGUCUAUUGCCGUUACGAAAAUGGAAAGUGAAAUGUAUUUUACUUUUUGUUUAGCUAGCCAUUGUAACGAAAUUUACUUCAGUUUUGUUUCAAUGAAGCCACCACAGUUUUUUUUGUCUUAUGAUAAAAAUUCAAUUCUUAUAUAACGUAUUGAUAAUCUGCAGGAAUGUUUUUUUCUUUUUUGAUGAGUAUAUUGUCAUAAGUUUUGAGCAAUUUACCACUUUUUUCUGGCGAGAACAGCGCUCCAUGCAUUAAUUUACUAGAUUAUGUUCAAAUAAAAUUUGGUUUGCCUAUUUCUUUUUUUGAUUUUUACAGCUAUAUUAUUUUUAUCAUUACGGGUACGAAAUAUUCACACGUUUUUCUUCUCUUCGACGACAAAUAUUUUGUUUAGUGUGGUUUAUGUGUUUACUCUUGACGUGCUUUGACCAUUCACGAUUUACAAAUUUAAAAUCAAGUCGAGGCUGGCCUCGAAUACAUGCUGUGCAUGAAAGCUAUAAUUUUAAGCACCACAUGUUUCAACCGUGAUUGGAGUAUUCAUACACACAAAUUCAGGACAGGUCCUGGUUUUUAAUUCCAGUUCGUAGUAUAAAUCCACUGAACAAAACCAUACAUUUAAACAUUAUUUUAUUUGAAGUAGCUGUCUGUUAUUUUAUUUAGAAAGCUAAGUUCCGUUUACAAGAUUGUGUUUUUGAAAGCAACUCUUUUCUAGGGCUGUAGUCAUAAGUAUCAUGCAAGGAAGGCCCGCAAUUUCGGUUUUUAUUUGUUGUUUAUUGUUGUUGUUUGGUUAUGGUUGAUAUAGCUAUUGUAAACAUUGACGAUUAUUUAGUUCCUCUAUAAAUUUUCAAAAUAUUUUGUUUGUGUGUUA